UGACUUGCUGUAAGCUGACAGCUGCUGUUUAGACGUUGCUUCUCUGUCCCUCUGAGCUUCAUUCUGAGGAGGUACGUCAACAUGAGCAACUUUGGGGAGAUCCUGAAGGAGAUCGGGGAGUUUGGUUUAUUCCAGAAACGACUGAUUGUUGUUUUGAGCCUCACCAGCAUUUUCAUAGCCUUCGAUAUUAUUGGGCAGGUCUACACUGGCAGAAGUUUCCCUCAUCACUGCAACACCGACUGGAUCUUGGCCAAAGGACCCAACCUAACCGAGGAGAGACAGAAAAAUCUCACCAUCCCCGUGAACGAUGAGGGAAAGUACCAGAGCUGUGAGAUGUUCACGCCCGUGGACGUGGAUCUGGACACUAUAGUGGCCUAUGGGAUUAACACAACCACAGAAUGCACGCAUGGGUUAGAGUUUGAAACACGCAGAGGUGCAUCCAGCAUCGUUUCAGAGUUCGACCUGGUGUGUGACAGAAGCAGUCUGAUUGAGGUUUCACAGUCCAUCGCCAUGCUCGGGCUCUUGGUCGGGGCGUUAGUGUUUGGAGCUGUGGGUGACAGGUUUGGUCGACGCUUCGUGGUCCUCUGGUCACAUCUUCAACUCCUGGUGUCUGGUGUCGCUGGUGCUUUUUCACCCAACAUCUAUGUUUAUAUGGUUUUCAAGUUCUUAGGUGGCAUGGCAGACUCUGGCAUCAUCACUCACGUGUUUGUGGUUGGCGGAGAAUGGACCGACUCUGCCAGAUUUGCUCUGUGCACGAUUCUCUGCCACAUGACCUUCCCAGUUGGACUGAUGAUCAUGUCUGGUGUGGCCUACUUGAUCCAGGACUGGAGAAUCCUGCAGCUGGUACUUUUCUGUCCUCUGGUCGUCCUGCUGGCGGUCCUCUACUGGAUUGUUCCAGAGUCGGCCCGCUGGCUCAUCACCCAGGGCAAGAAGAAGAAGGCCACGAAGGAGAUCCAGAGGGCGGCCAAGGUGAACAGGAGGAGGGUCCCAGAUGAGUUAUUAGAUAAGUUGGAGGUUGUGGAGAUGACCAAGAGGAGAAGCAUGUUGGACAUCUUCAAAGUGUCAUAUCUGAGGAGGCGUGCCUUCGUCAUGUGCUACGUCUGGUUCUCCACCAGUCUGAUGUACUACGGACUGAGUCUGGUUGGAAACUUCGGUCUGGACAUCUACCUGACGCAGUUCAUCUUCGGUGCCGUAGAAAUCCCUGCACGUCUGGGCUCCUUUUUUCUCAUCCAAUACUUUGGGAGAAGGAAGUGUCUGCUGUCGAUGCUCGUCAUUGGAGGCUGUUCUUGUCUGGUGAUACUUGCUGUUCCACCAGAUCUUCCUGAGGUGACCACUGUCAUCGCUGUACUUGGAAAGUUUGCCUCCACUGCCAGUUUCUCCAUCAUCUUCGUGUACACGGCUGAACUGUACCCCACAGUUCUAAGGCAGAACGGCGUGGGUCUGAACUCCAUGUGCGCUCGUAUAGCUGGGAUCCUGGCUCCUCUGAUCCGACUGCUGCAGGUCUACCAUCCCUCCAUACCCAUGGUCAUAUACGGCUCCAUCCCCCUCCUCGCUGCAGCACUCUGCUUCCUGCUACCGGAAACCUUGAAUGUUGAACUUCAGGACCAUGUGGAAACCAGGGAAGGUGAGAAUGGCUCUGCCAAGACUCCACCUGAACUACAGGGGAGCACCAAACUAUAAUUUAUUGACACAGAACGGUUUUCACAGUCACGGGUUUUAUUUUAACUUUUUGUUGAGAUGUUUGAUCCAUGGUUAAUGCUUGACUUCAGGUGUAACUGUAGUCACAUCAUGGUUUUCUUUGCAGACCUCUGCCUCAUCACGCUCGUGUCAGAAAUGAGCUGCAGUACCCGGUGAUUAAUUGCUAAUUACUGAUAUGUAUUAUAAAAAAUAAUAAUAACAAUUAUUUAUUAUUAUUAUUAUUAUUAUUAUUAUUAUGUAGCGGUUAGCAUGCCUGCCUCUGGAGCAGAGAGUCCUGGGUUCGAUUCCUAGAGGAACUGCAUACUAUAUAUAUGUAUAUAUAUGACGUAAGUUGCUUUGCAUAAAAGUGCCUGCUCAAUGCAUAAAUGUAAAUAAUACCACACAAAAAUACCUGCUUCACAUUUAACUGUCCUGCCAUAACAUGUGUGUAUGUGUGUGUGUGUGUGUAUGAUACUAAAACAUCAUGCUUGUACUGAUUGAAAUACUUUUUCCUAACGUUUAUUUGAAUCAGGCAAAACUAAUAUUUUAAAAAACAAUUGGACGUGAAAUGUCUGUCAGAUAAAAAUACUAAAUGAUUAUUUACCAGUUAUUUUGAUUCUAAAUGAUGGUGUUCUGUAUACAAUAAACAAAUGUUGUUUGUA